UUGUAGUUUUUAACUCAUUCUUUCUUAAUAUUUGUCACGGUACAGCAAUUUGCCUUAAGAAUAAGCAAAUUAGUCUCUGCUUCGUACAGAAAGGAACCCUACAGCAAAAAAUAAUCACCAGAAGAUGCAUUUUGCUUGUAUUGAUCAGAAGUGUGGUUGGACAGGCUAAAAUCAAGGGAAGGUAUCUUUUUCUUACAGUAGUAUAUGAACUGUAACCCGAACAAGGAUGUUAUGCCAGUUGCCUUGAAACCAGUUUUCUACACGUGCUAAAGGAGGAUUUUGUGUACAGUGCUCAAAACAGAUAUUGGAAAUUGAAAGCCAUUCAACAUGACGACAGAAACUUUGGUGAAGGAUAUUAAACCGGGCUUGAAAAACCUAAAUCUUAUAUUCAUUGUGUUGGAAACAGGCCGGGUGACCAAGACAAAAGACGGCCAUGAAGUGCGGACGUGUAAAGUAGCUGACAAAACCGGCAGCAUAAACAUCUCUGUGUGGGAUGACGUUGGGAACUUAAUCCAGCCAGGAGAUAUCAUCCGACUCACCAAAGGGUAUGCAUCUGUUUUCAAAGGCUGCCUGACUCUAUACACUGGACGUGGAGGAGACCUGCAGAAAGUUGGAGAGUUUUGUAUGGUUUACUCAGAAGUGCCAAAUUUCAGUGAGCCAAAUCCAGAGUAUGUUGCCCAGCAGUCACAAAACAAAAAUACACAGAAUGACAAUGCAGCACCAACAGCCUCCCAAACAACACCAGGACCCUCUACGUCAUCAGCAGCCACUGACAACCAGAAUGGCAAUGGGUUGAUCACUUCUGGCUCUGGCAGCUCCACCCACCCACCUAGUGUCCCCACCCACCCCACCAGUGGCCGCAUCACCAGGAGUCAGCCCAACCACCAGAGUGGGACGUCAGGGACAGGGUCAUCCUCCAACCCAGUCAGCAAUGGCAAAGAGACACGGCGAAGCAGCAAGAGAUAACAGGUGCAGGACUAAGGAGUCCUUUUAUAUCUCUUCCCUCCACUGCCUGCUGUGUUAUCUUUUGCCUCCUGCUGACCAGUUCUUAAGCAGGGGGCCUGAUUCUGAUGGGAAGAGAUGGAUAUCAUGCUGGAGUAGAGACUAUGAAACCAACUUAUGUUUAGCUGCUGAAAUGUACUUUUAACAUGCAAUGCUGGGUGAGGGAUAUCGUGUUUGUUGUGUUUAUACUGAUAUUCUGGGUCAAACUUGUUCUUUUCAGGAUUCCCCAUAUAAGUAUAUUACUCUCACACUUUGCAGGAAAUUAACAUGAUUGCCAUACCAUCUUUUUGCCUGAUAGUGUUUCAUUCGUAUCCUUAACCUUCCAAGAUAAUAAGCUCCUGCACUAUGGGCAUGUGUCCUUGAAUUUAGCUCAUUUGUAAGUCUCUAAAAUUCUUAAUGCUAUUUACUGUGGACUCAUGGUGAAGAGUAUUAAGCUAACAUGGACUGAGUGGUUUUAGAAUUGUGGACUAAAAGAUGGGCUCUUCGCUUUCAUGGGAUAUCUUGUAUAGGGAAGGUGUAGCUAGGGAAACAAAUAGAAUUUAUGCCACUUUUUCCAAGCCAAAUUAUUAGUCUGAGUAACUCUUCCAGAAAUGGCCAAUAAGAUGGCACUGUUGUUUUCCCAAAGAUAUUCUUAAUUGAUAUUAUAUCUUACAGCAAACUGUAGAUUGGUUUCUGUCGAUGCGAUGAUGAUGUUAGGUUAGAAGUGCAGCAAAAUUGACAAGAAAAACAUUCUUUUUAAAACACCAGCUUUUAAUUGUUAUGAAAAACAAACAUUUUGUGUGUGUGUGUGUUUUAAAUGGAUUAUUGUGUUGAAAUCUUGAAAUAGAUCUGAGUUUUUAUUCUAGAGGGCUUCAGUGUAGCUGGUGGUGGUGGAGGUUGGCAGUGAUGGGCAUUUUUCAGCCAGUGCUGCUGUUUCAGUUCUCACAAGGCCCAGCUAGGUCAGAAGUGAUGCAGAUUUAUCUCUGAACUGCUUAAGCUGUGUAUGAUAAGAAAGCUACCCAAAUCCUUGAGACAUUACAGGAGUCUUAUAAAGUAUUCUCAGUUCAUAUACUCCAUUUGCUUCAAUGGAUAUACCUUCCCAUCUCAUAAAACUUUAAGGGGCCUUCCUAGGCCAAAGUUGCCCAAGAGUCCACAGAAAGCUAUAGAUGGUCCUGGUCUCAAGUUAACUGAAGGAACAUGAGCAGUCUGCAUCACAAAUGGAUAUAAGAAGUUCUCAAAGGAGGAUAGGGUGACAUUUUAACACUAAAAGGUUUGCCAAGGUUCACACUAUUUCUUGAAAAACAAUAAAAUGUUAAACCUCUUGCAUUUUUGUAUUUGUGGCUUAAUGGCCAUCGCCAAACUAUAUUUUAAAAUAUUUUGAAGUGCUCUUUUAUCUAGUUAUUGGAUCCUAGCCUCCUUUUAUUCCUUGGUCUCUCUGUUCUCCACUCGGGAAUAAUUUGCUUGAAUUACUGAAGUUCCCCCCCACCCUAAGGAAUGUCACUGUUGUCUAAUCUGAUGUGGCUAUUUGAAUGUACUAUCCAUGAAUGUUUUGGGAAUAAAUAUUUUAAUUCUCCUCUUAUCCUGUGAACAUCUCAGAGUAAAUAUACCAUUCCAAAGAACUAUGAAUGUGUUAAUGUUUGCCUACAAACCUAGGACAACCAAAAUAAUUGU